CAUAAAAUUUAAUGCAGCUCGACUCCGUCUUCUUGGUCCGUUUUUCACUCUUUUUCAUGUCGAUCGUUGUGGAGUUCCGUGGAUGUGUGAGUGAUUUUUCUUCUAUCGUCGCGUUUCGAAGACGGGCGAACUGUCGAAGUCCAAGUCGCGAGUCGAUUUUACAGUCUCGAGGCAGCAGCCAAAAGACGAGAAGCAAAAGCUAAACAAAAAAUUCUUGAUCCAAUUUCCUCGUUGCGUGCAGUGAUUGAGAAAAAAAAAGUAGUGCGGUUGCGAGAAGGAAAUCAGGACUAGAUUGUCGAGUGCGACGACAAAAGGAUUCACAGUACAGGUCCUCGUUUCGCGGAAAACCUUGUGCAAUCGUGUCGUGUGGACGGACUGGCCAGUACCUAGCUGCGGAACGGUACCUAAGCAGUCCCAGUCGUCAGACAGCGGAAGUUGGAUUUUUUUUUUCUUUUCGUUCUUCUGGCGAAGGUGUGCAGUCCAGGAGGAUUUUCGCAGUUUCCAUCAGUGCAGCCGUAGAGGAUUCGGAGAAUUUUCGGUGCCCUGGAUUAGGGAAAUGAAAAACGCUGAUUUUGUGGAGGAAUAGAAAAUUUGCUGGUCCCCGUUCGUGUUAUGUGUGAGGUCUUACACGAUAGCAAUCUCUCUCUGUUUAGUGUGUAAUAUGUGUGUGGAAAAGUGUAAAGUUUUAAUACGAUAGUGACGACGGUGGUGACGGAAAUGGCUGCAAGAAGUUGUCUUUGUUUUGAAAAGCUCAGAACAGGCAGGACGAUCUAGAAUUGCAGUUUCGAACCCCAUAAUUAAAGUGAAAUUUUUUAACAAACUAACAACGGUUCAACCGGAGUACGCCGAACGACCAAUAACUAUAGCCAAGAAGAAGAACACCCAUUUCCCAGCUACAUUAAGUCUGGGUCGAUUUUUUUUUUUUGAUUAAGCAACGCCACUACCCGAAAACAUGAUGGAAAGCUCACAAAUGUCGCAGGAAGAGCAUGGAAAACAGUAAGCGGAGAUUCAGAAAACAGGCGACAACGAAACGGCAGAAAGCAGCGAAAAUAAGUUUCUAAUAGGAAAAAGGAUUGCUGCUGCAGCUGCUGCUACUAUUAUUAUUGCCGUUGCCACUGAUGAUAAUAAUGGUGACACGCAUCGGCGAAGCGGACCAAGUGCUCUGAGAGUCAUUUUCCGAGAAAGUAAGAUGUUGGCUUUCACGUCUUUACACAACAACUGAACACAACAGCCUGGUGAAGAUAGAAAGAUUGAUUGAAUCGGAUUGGAUCGGAUCGGAGGAGAAAGAAGACGCCGAUCGACUCGUCUCGAAUGCAUGCUGCUGGCGGGUUGGCCUCCGGAAUCGAGAUCGAGGUGAUUGUGUGUUAUAUCAGCGCAGCGACAUAGUUCUUGUUGGCAGGAGCACAAGAAACCAUGCUACUUAACAUCCGUGUUUGAGGAUCCUUUGUGAUAUCUAGUUUUUAGGCAGUACGAAUAAUAAUAAUUACCUGAAUGGGAACAUUUUAGGAAAAAGAAAGAGAGAGAGAGAGAGAGUCGAAGGCACGCUCAAUCAACUAGAACAACACAACUGCUAGGUACUACACAACAUGACUAGUAUAACGUUCAAAACGACGACAACGACGUCCGGUGGAGAUGCGAACGGUUGCAUUGCGGCUGCAGCGUCGUCCUCAUCGUCGGCCGUGGCGCUCAUGUCGGACAAAUCGAUAACGAUGACCCCGUCGCAGCUGGCUUCGGCCACGACGGCAGCAGCCGUGGCCGCUUCGAAUCUGCUCUCGACGGCCGCUGUGAGCAAUCCGUCGAGUGCUCUGUUUGCGGCUGCAGCUGCGGCGGCGGCUCAACAGCAGCAGAACAACAACUAUCAGAGCAAUAGCAGUAGCAGUAGUCUUUACAAUAACGACAACAAUAGCAAUAAUAAAACACUGUCAAGUGACAAGCUAAGCAGUGGUAGCAGUAGCAGCGGUGUCGGAAGCGGAGCCAGUGGUACCGGAGAAGAGUACGAACGGGCCAAGUACAAGACACCCCAGGAGGUGAUGAUGCUGUACAUGGACAAACUGACCCAGUACGAGCACCACGAGAUCUACCAGUACCCGAAGAUUUACUUCAUCGGAGCAAACGCCAAGAAGCGGAGAGGCACCAGUAAUUCCGAGUACGAUAACGAACAGGGAUCGUACAUUCACAUAGCGCACGAUCAUAUCGCCUACAAGUAUGAGGUGCUGAAGAUCAUCGGCAAAGGUAGCUUCGGUCAAGUGGUGAAAGCGUACGAUCACAAAAACCACAUGCAUGUGGCACUGAAGAUGGUCCGCAAUGAGAAACGAUUCCACCGGCAAGCCCAGGAGGAAAUUCGGAUUCUCAAGCACCUACGAUCGCAGGAUCGGAUGAACUCGAUGAACAUUAUCCACAUGUACGACUACUUUGUCUUUCGUAACCACAUGUGUAUAACGUUCGAACUGCUGUACAUCAACCUGUACGAGUUGAUAAAGAAAAAUAAAUUCCAGGGGUUCAGCUUACAGCUGGUUCGGAAGUUUGCUCACUCUCUGUUAAAGUGCUUGGAUGCACUGUAUAAGAAUAAGAUUAUCCAUUGUGAUAUGAAACCGGAGAACGUGCUGCUGAAGCAGCAGGGACGUUCCGGUAUCAAAGUGAUCGAUUUCGGCUCGUCCUGUUUCGAUCACCAACGGGUCUACACCUACAUCCAGUCGAGGUUCUACCGGGCACCGGAGGUGAUUCUGGGUGCAAAGUACGACAUGGCGAUCGACAUGUGGUCGCUGGGUUGUAUUCUGGCGGAACUGUUUACCGGUUUCGCGCUUCUUCCUGGGGAAGACGAAGCGGAUCAGUUGGCUUGUAUUAUCGAGGUGAUCGGUAUGCCACCGAAGAAGAUCCUGGAAAACUCGAAACGAGCGAAGAACUUCAUCUCGGCCAAAGGUUAUCCACGGUAUUGUAAUGUGAAAACCCUGGAAGAUGGUACCACUGUGCUAACGGGUGGCUUUUCCCGGCGGGGAAAACUGAGAGGACCACCUGGAUCUCGUAGUUUGGUAAAAGCACUGAACGGUUGCGACGACCCGCUGUUUCUGAACUUUAUCGAACGUUGCCUACGGUGGGAUCCGGCGUUACGGAUGACCCCGGAAGCGGCGCUGAAUCAUUUCUGGUUCCGACGGUUGCUUCCACCCUCGCCCAACGUGGCAACGAUCACCACUACCAGCAGUCCUUCCACGUCGAGCAACUGUCAAAAUAGCCAUAUAAACAAAGUACUGAACAUCGCGUACGCGUACGCGGAUCAGCAAGCAUCGUCUCUAGUAACAACCUCUACCUGCAAUUCGCUGGUUGCAUCACACCACGGCAAUUCCAGCUCGCUGCAGUCGUUACAAUCAGCUUCCCUUACCUCAUCGGCGAUUAGCAUUCCGGCAGUCAGCGGCAGCGUAGGAGCUAUCGGCGGAGUCAGUCUCGUCGGCAGUACCGGCACGCUCGGACGGUCCGCUGCCACCACCAUCAUCGAUAUUCCCUACAACCCAAACGACAAGAAAAGGCUACUGAACACUUCCCCGCAGGCGGCGUCCUCGCUCACGUCCAAUCCCGGACUGGCAACCACUUCCUUCGUAGACUAUGCAGUGGUUGUCAUCGACUGAAAAAGUCACCGGACGGAAACCAGUCAUAUUCUCAAGUAUGGAGAAUAUGCACCGAGAAACUGUUUCGGCAUAGCAACAACCGUAUGAUCAAAAUUUCACUUCAAUUGUCAACCAACUGACACUGACACUCACACUCAGAGAUGGAUCGAAACAGAGUAUCAAAAUUUUGAUUUGAGUAAUGAAACAUCGCGGGGGUAGCAGCGGCGGAUGAUGAUGGGAUGCGGACGAUGAUGAACAGAUGACCUCCGUGUGUUCGGACCAAACGCGUUCGAUUCGAGUGACAAUUAAAUAGUAAUUUAUCUGAAAACAACCUAUUAUAACUAGUAACGAUCUACUAAGCUACUAAGGGAGACAACAAAAAGGCGAAAAAUCACUCAUUAACUGAUAGGUUCUAUAUAAUACGAUAGGCGUUUGAGGAGGUAAAUCAAUUUAUACUAAAACAGAGAAAAAUGAGGAUAAAGUAAUUUAAUUUGCUAUUUUAGUGGUUAGAUAAAUAAUUUAGCAAAAUGCGACGACGGAUGAGCGAAGAAGAGACACCCGUGCAUGAUUUAAUCAGCGAGAGUUUUUUUUUUUCAAAACAAACAAACGAAGAAGAAAACACACAAACCCAUUGGCUAUAUAGGAAGUAUAGUUGGAUUUUACGACUUGGACGCAUUACAGUAAAUUCUGUAUAAAAAGUAAAAGAAUCAAACUUUGAAAAUAAAGUUUAUAUAUCUGUUAAAGGUAAUUAGGGAGGUAACAUUUUGUAACGGCUUACGUAGACUAUCAGGAUAAAGAGCUGACAUUUGUGCGUAACACGGAGUAAGUGCUGUGCGAUUGUGACUGAAAACCAAGAAUUUUAGGCUUGUUGUUAUUUAAGAUUCCGCAUAAGGAAGUAAACCCCUACAAUGAAACAAAAAA